UGAGUGCAGUGAGUUCGGAUUGUAUGGUUACAAUAAACUGUGUUCUUGCUUUAACACGAGCAUUGUUAUCUGUGUGCUCGCUAAGAUGUUCAGCAAAUUAGGGAAACUUUUCAAAUCUGAUAAGACGAAGAUAUAUAGAUCUUAUCACUUUAUAGUUGAUGAAACGGAACAACCAGAGGAGUCGUUCCGGAUAUUGAGUGACUCUGAGACAGAACUUGCAGACAACUUGAAUAACCAAACUGUUGCGACCAACCCAUUGAACAUGGAGGACUUUGAAUUUAUAUCUCCCAUUCCUGAGGAAAGGUACAACGAGGUUAUAGUCCAUUUGAGGAACAACUUCUUCGCGGAUGAGCCACUGAACAAGUCUCUGGGGCUGUGUGAGCCAGGCGAGCCGCACGCGGAGUUAGAGGCACACAGUCUCAACACCCUGCACGAUCAGCUGUCUGUCAUGGCCGUCGACAAGGAGACUGAUCAGGUGGUUGCUGUUUCUCUUAAUGGAAUACAAUUUCCUGGAGAUAUUAAAAGAGAGAAAGACAAACUAGCAAAGAUGACGGAUGAGAAGUUCAAACAGAUUUUCACUCUUCUCAAUAACCUGAAUGAAUCAUUAGACUUGUUCACGAAGUAUGAUGUGGAUAAAAUAUUUGAUGCUCGUAUCCUCUCAGUUGACUCAGGUUAUAGAGGCAAAGGCUUGGGAAAAGAAAUCAUAAGAAGAGCAGAGGAAGUUGCAUCAGAAAAUAACUUUCAGAUAAUGAAAGGCGAUGCUACUGGAGCUUUCUCACAGAAGAUCCUCCUAUCUCUGGGUUGGAAGCUGAUACAUGAACUGAAGUACGUAGACCACCUCGAUGAGAACGGGGAACAAAUUUUCAAGCCACCCCCACCCCACCAGUCACUUAAAAUAAUGAUAAAAAAGUUAAACUAAACAAAACAUGCCUGUGAUUGAAUAAAAGAGGAUCUUUAAUGUUGUUGCUGUUAUUAUAUAUUGAGAAAAGCUAAGCGUAUGAUAACUACUCGUUAGUUAAUUUGUUGAUGGAAAAUAUAUGUAUUGAUUAGCUGGGAGUUACUGUGAAAAUGGAUAUAAACAAAUAUAAGAAACUGAAUACUGGGAAAUACAAUAAAUAAUUUAGUGUUACAGUAAGGUAUUAUUCAAACUACAAAACUCAAAUCAAACAAAAGUGAUUUGCCCAAAGCAAAAGUUCAGUAACAUUUUUUUAUCAGAAUCUUACAACUGUAUUAGCUCUGAUCUAUACAUUGUAUUCAUUUACUGUAAUUUUGAUACUGUAUUCUUAAAUAAAACAUAUAAUUUAAACUAACCAAAGAAAUUAUCUGUUUAAACUUAAUACAAAGUUUCAAAACUUUGAAAAACACGAAUUCUUGAUCUACUGAGUGGGUAUGUACUGUAUGUUGCUUCUAAAAUAAUGGUUUAUUCCGAAAUCAAGAAACGUGAAUAACUCGUGUAUUGAUUUUUCAGAAAGAGAAAGAUAAACCAAACAAUUUAAUCAUGCAGAACAAUACAAACCAAAUUUUCCCUAAUAUUUAUAAAUUUUUAAGACUAAUUCUUUUGAGAAGUGUAUGAUAUUUUAUUAUGAGUUUAUAGUGUGUAUCUACAUAAAAAUACUCCCCACAAUGUAUUUUAUUACAAUUGUUCUAAUUAUUAUUGAUUUAUUAUUCACUUUACCAUUUAAUUAGGGCUUCUCACUGAUACAGUGUUAUGCAAUCAACUUGACCAAAUUGUUGCAAUACAUCAUGUUUCAAUAUAGACUAUAAAUGGUGUAAAUAUUUUUAGGAAAUCAUACAUGGACAAUGAUAUUGUUCUACCUUAAUUAAAAUUAAAUAAGUACAUUACUGAUACAAUAAAAACAAUGUAUUUUUGUUUUUAAAAUGUUCUUUUUAUAGUUCAUGACUUACCGACCAAUAAUAAAAUAGAACAUAAGACCAAUACAAUAGUUUUUGAUACUUGUUUUAAAUGACAAUAUCUUUUUCUGUGAUCGCUUAACUAUUUCUAUCAGAUGUAAGUAUAAAAUCUAUGUUGUGUAUGUUAACAAGCUUUGUAGACAGUAAUAAAUAAUUGUAGAACUUUCUAGGAUUACCCACAUUUAUAUUGUAUUCAAAAGAUUUAAUAUGUUCAAACGAUGGGUUUAUCAUUAUUGUUAAACUGCUUGAGAUGUCUAUUGUAUUCUGUGUUAUAUUGAGUCCUUAUUAAAAUGAGCAUUUUAUCUAAGUUUA